AGAAGAAGAAGAUGGCGCAUGCUCAAUGUGUUGUGGAGACAGUCGCGAGUGGAUAAGGAUGUAGGCUUGCAGGGAAAGCUAAGAAAAUCUUGUGUAUUUUUAAAAAAUUGCUUAUCAGUUCAUAAUCGGGUGUUCUUCGUUUAAAUAAAGAAAAUAUUAUGUAACCUUCGGCACGAUUUAAGUGAAAAUUAAUCUCAAAUCCGUAGUUUAAAGCUGUAUGUUGUUCCACGAGCAUACAGUGUACAGUAUGUGUGAACUGCCGUGUGGGUGUCACAUGUAAAUAAAAAGCAAUAAUUCUGAUUAACCUGUGAUUUAGUAAGUGUUCAUGGCGUCCAAAACGCCUUUCACUGAUUCUGACACCGCUGAUGAAGCUGUCAGAGCAACAUGCGACGACGCGUCGACAUGCAAAAGGUUUGCAACAAGUAAAGGAUACUGGACCGACCCUUACAUACAGUAUUUUGUGCGUCAGACAGGUGAACGCAAGGCACCUGAGAUUAACCGAGGCUAUUAUGCCCGUGUCCAAGGAGUGAACCACCUGCUUGAUGCAUUUCUUAAAAAGACUCAGUGUGACUGCCAGGUGGUGAAUCUUGGCGCAGGACUGGACACCACUUUCUGGAGACUGAAGGCUGAGAAUGCUUUGCCGAAAAAGUACUUUGAAGUUGACUUCCCUAUGAUUGUUGCCAGGAAGAUACACCAUAUCAAGACAAAACCUCCUUUGUCAAAGCCCUUGAUUGAGACCCAUUCAGCUGAUUCACUCUUAUUAGAUGGUCACAACCUGGACUCAGACAGAUACUGUAUCAUAGGUGCUGACCUCCGAGACCUGCCAGGUUUAGAGGAAAAACUCAGAAAAUUCAACAUAAAUACAGAAUUGCCAACGUUCUUUGUUUCUGAAUGUGUGCUGGUGUACAUGACCCCAGAGCAAUCAUCCAAACUGGUGCACUGGGUUGCACACACCUUCCAUACUGCCAUGUUCAUCAACUAUGAGCAGGUGAACAUGGCUGACCGCUUUGGGCAGGUCAUGAUUGAGAAUCUGCAGAGACGGCAGUGUAAUCUGGCUGGAGUGGAUGUGUGCCAGUCAUUGGAUUCUCAGAAAGAACGCUUCCUGUCUACAGGAUGGGAGAGUGUGAAUGCACUGGAUAUGAUGGCAGUCUAUAGCCUGCUUCCUCAGGAAGACAUAAGCAGGAUUGAACGACUGGAGUUUUUAGAUGAAAAAGAGCUGCUCCAGCAGCUUCUUCAGCACUACAGUAUCUGCUGGGCAGUGAAGGAUACACUCAGUCUAGGCAUUUCACAAAUUGGGUUUUAAGUUUCACUGCGACUUGUUGGGAGGACUGGAAGCCUUUGUGCCAAGGUCAGGAUGAAUUGGAGGAAGUCAUUUCAACUUAUUUUUCCCUUUGUGACGUCAAUAAAAUAAAUGAUGAGACCACUGUGUUGUCUUAUUUUGCCUUUGUUCUCCUUUUAAUAGCCCUCCUGUAAGGAGAUAUACCGCAAAUCUUUUAAGCAGGCAUAUCAGACGCUCGCUGGCCGUGCUGUGAAAAUUGUGCAUGCAGGCGAUGAUCCAAGUUUCCAAAUCUGUCAUUGCUUAACUCUUGAAUAUUUUCUAUCAUGAAUACUGUCAUUAAAAAUCUUAUUAUUUCUGCUUUCCAAAGAAAUUUAUCUCGUUAAGAUCUGUUCAAUACUUUGGGAGUAAUGGCAGGUUGAAGUUGGUACAACAGAGUACACACUCUGCUCGCGUGAUGUCGGGAAACUGCCCGCCAUUUGGUGAAACUUUGAAGAAGAGUGUACUGAUUUUAACGGUUUUUACCUAAUAAGCAUAAUUAAAUUCUAAUUUGCAUUAUUUGUUUUUACUAGUUUUUCAAAUUUUGCAUUUGGUAUACAACCAUGUGCCUGCCAAUUUCCAUGUAAAUAUCUUGAAAAAGAAAAAAGUUAUUAAGAAAAAAAACAUUUUCAUUUGUUGCUGAGGCCCAUUUUGGACCAUGUGAUCUUCAUACAGAAUAUUACAGCAGUUUUCUAAAAAUUAAGCCGUUUCUUCAAUCUUUGAUUUGUAAUAUCUCAAGGAUGGAUAAACAUUUUAAUUCUGUAAAAAGUAUGUUGUUCUGCAUUCAAUUCUGAAUUCAGUGAGAGCAAUUUGGAUUGAGUUUGAAUUUCCACCUGAUAUGCUUACUUUAAGUAUUAUAAGAGCAACAAAAACUUUUUUUUUUUAAUUAUUAUUGUCUAAAAUUGAGUACAGACAUGACAUGAGCUAGGGGCUUUGAAAUUAACAAGCAAUGACUAUGAGGAAAGUGCCUGCCUUGUUUUUGGUAAUUUUUUGUAUUGUACAUGAGGAGGCAAUCAUUUGCUUGAAUAAUUUAGCAAUAAAAUGUAUAUGGCCUGUCAUUCAAAUAAAUAUCAUGCACCAUGUUUUUCACACUAUAAUAACCUAAACUUCACGUGGUACUAACUGCUCCCCGGGUGAUGCAAUAUGGCUGCCCACUGCUCUGGGUGGGUGGGUGCAUGUGUGUGUUCACUGCUUCAGAUGGGUUAAAUGCAAAGGAUGAAUUUGAGUGUGCAUGUGACAAAUAAAGGCUUCUUCUUCUGUA